UACCUGUCUUUCCGGGCACAUUUCCGGAUCUUUGCGUGUACCCCACUAUCUUUCUGUCAAUGCUAGACAUUCCCAUUUCCAUUUUUAUUUCGAAUUUCAUUCAUGAUAAUCAGGUGUACUUGAAAAGAUAAUUUACAGUCACAAUGUCGAGAGAGUUCGAACAGAGUCCAAAUGACGCUCACCAGCGUCUGACGCAGAUCCUCCUCCAAAUCGACCCUUAUGAGCUUCCUCCAUAUCCAAAUGUAUCAUUAGUUUCAGGACCUCUCGAUCCUCCCUUACUCACACUCACACUCUCACAAUUGCUCGCACAACAAGCAGCCGACCGACCACAGAACGAGUGUCUAGUAAUUCCAUGGACCGGAGCAAGAUAUACGUAUCAAGACCUAUGGGACGAAUCAAACUUGCUCGCAAGAGCGCUCUUGGGAAAAGGAGUGAGGCCGAGGGAUAGAGUGGGCAUUAUGGCUGGUAACUGCGAGCGAUAUGUGGUGGUGUUCUUCGCAUGUUGUAGAAUUGGAGCGGUAUGCGUUACGCUGAACAAUACAUAUACGUCUGCGGAAAUGGAGCGUGCACUAAAGCAUACGCGCUGCAAGGCGUUAUUCACGAGUUCUUCAAUCGGACGCUUCGACAAUACACCCCUCCUCGAACGAUUGAGCAGUGCGGAUGCUGCUAAAGCUAUACCAGACCUACAAUUGACUUGUAUACUCCGUGGUGAGCCUCAAGGCUUUCCUAAGUAUGAAGACUUCAUUCGAGGAGGAGAGCCCAUACCAGAGCAAAUACUGGAAGUAUUCGACGGAGUUAUUAGUCCACACGAUGUGAUCAAUCUGCAGUUCACCAGUGGAAGUACUGGCAAUCCCAAAGCAGCAAUGUUGACACAUCACAACUUGAUCAACAACUCGCGCUUUGUCGGCGAUCGUCUCCUCCUUACCUCCGAAGAUACCCUCUGCUGUCCUCCACCACUAUUCCACUGCUUCGGCCUCACCCUCGGCAUGCUCGCAGUCUUCACACACGGCGGCCGAGUCGUCUACCCAGCCGUCGCCUUCGAUCCCGCCGCAACACUGCGUGCCAUCUCCGACGAAAACUGCACCGCUCUCCACGGCGUCCCCGCCAUGUUCGAAGCAAUCCUCGAGCUCGAGCGACCCGCAGACUGGCACAGUAAUCUCCGCACAGGCAUCGUGGCUGGAUCGCCAGUCCCACGGUGGCUGAUGGAGCGUAUGGUCAACGAACUCGGCAUGGUCGAUUUCACGAGCAGCUACGGACUGACGGAGGCAUCUCCCACGAUAUUCAAUGCACAUACCACGGACAGCUUGCACAGGAGGCUGCACACGGUCGGCACGGUGUUGCCUCAUGCCCGUGUCAAGAUCGCUGAUCGGGACAAUAACAUCGUUCCGAUUGGCGUCCGCGGCGAGCUGUGCAUCUCGGGGUACCAGCUUUGCAGAGGGUACUUUGAAAAUAAGGAGAAGACGGAUGAGGUCAUGAUUAGGGAUGAACAUGGCGAGAUGUGGCUGCAUACGGGUGACGAGGCGGUUCUGGAUGCGGAUGGGUACUGCACGAUCACUGGGCGGUUCAAGGAUAUUAUCAUUCGGGGUGGAGAAAAUAUAUACCCCUUGGAGAUUGAGGAGCGACUCGUCGAACAUCCGAGCAUAACGCGCGCCAUCGUCGUCGGGGUGUCACAUCCAAAGUACGUAGAAGUGCCUGUGGCUUUCCUGGCUCUAGAAGACAACGCGGAAAAGCCGAACUUGGAGGAAGUCAAGAAGUGGGUGAGGAAGGUGUUGGGCCGACAUAAGGCGCCUGUGAAUGUGUUCUGGCUAGGUGACGACUGCAGCGCAGAGAUUCCGUUGACCGGAAGUGGAAAGAUUAAGAAAUUCGUUUUGAAAGACGUUGCAGAAGAAUUAUUGUCGAGAUAGAGGAUGAUGUUUAAU